AUGGAAGAAGUUAUCAACGAACAAUCAUCAGUUGAAGUUUCUGGGAAAGCUGCAUCCAAAUCUAAGCUUCUGAGAUAUCUGCUGCGUUCGUCGAAUAAAUCCAAGGAACCGAAGCCAGAUGCAUCUAAUAGCACCAAUCCUUCUGAAUCUAAGAGAGGAAGAAACACUCCCAAUGUAAGCAAAAGUGUGGGAGUUCUUGAUUUCUCUGCUAAGGGAAAAUCUUCAAAUGUUAAUACGCCAAGAAGGCUCUCCAAUCCUGUCAAAGCAUCUCCCACUCCAAGUCCAAAGGCGGUUGGCAACCUAACCCCAAUCUCAGAGACAAGAUUAAGGAGGUCUGGGAAUAGCCAAGGGCCUCAAACCAGAGUCCAAACGCCUGUUUCUGACAUUUUUAGAUCAACUGCUCGGAAGUUUAGUCUCUUGUCUUCUGCUUCAUAUUGGUUGAACCAAAUUAAGUUGUCUGAAAGUGCUACUAAGCACCGCAUUUCACUUGGUUUCUUCAAAUUAGCUUUGGAGGCAGGAUGUGAGCCCUUCAAGAAAUUACAAGAUGAGCUGAAGUCUUACUUGCGCCGACACCAGCUUGAUGAACAUGGAGAACUAGUGAAAGAACUGAUGCCAGAAGAGGGAACUCGAUCUACUGAUGAUGAAGUGCAAUACUCCUCUUCAUCUACCAUGGGCACUACUGGCUAA